AUGAAACGCAGCUAUAUCUCUGAGACAAAUGGACCAGCGAAAGAGCCUUUAGAUCCCAGCCAGAUCUGGAAUCAUAGUACUGUUUCGACCCUUUCCAGCUUAACUGCACCUGUGUCUCCGCCGCGUAAGAAGUCAACGGCAAAGAAGGACACGGCGUCUUCGUUGAGUCUUGCUGCUGUCGAAGCUGGCCAAGUCACGGUAGACAACCCAGUUGAGCUUUUCUCGGCCAGACUCGCUGCAGUUUCACGACCGCAGUCAUCCUCUGGAACGGAUAGCAGGAUUUCCUAUGAAAAUUGGCUUGAUCUGUACGCAAGGAAUCAACAUGAAAAUGGUCACCACUUUGUAAUCCACCAGCACGAUCAUCCCAUUGCAGGACCGCAUUAUGAUCUCCGUCUUCAGUUUUCUGAUUCCAGCUCCCUAAGCUGGGCGAUAAUGUAUGGGCUGCCUGGUGACCCGAAUAGUCGUAGGAUCAAUCGCAAUGCCACGGAAACAAGAGUUCAUUGCCUUUGGAACCAUAUGAUGGAAAUGGGAUCUCGUAACACGGGAAGCAUGAUUAUCUGGGACACUGGCGAGUACGAGGUUUUGCCGUAUCAUGCUGUAGAGGAACGACCAGAAACAGAUGAUUCUGCGUCCGAUAUAUCUAAUGUUUCAGCUGAAUCGUCCGUCAAUCAACAAGCAUCGGAUAGCCAAAGGCUCAAAGAAGCCUUUCAGAAUGUAUUUAUUCCCUACGGCCUAUACCCUCCAUCGCUGAAAGCUAACGAGAAAGGCAGCGUAAAAUCCGCUUACGCCUUCAUGGGACUCGUCUACCGAAGAACUACACGAUAUCGCUACGGCUCUCAGCAGCGGACGAUAGCGCAGCUCGGACAAGGCCGAUUACUCGAAAACGUCGGCGUCGACGAAUAG